AUGGUGUUUCCAUUAGUGGAGAAUCAACAACCAGGUACAGAGCAAGAUGAUGAUUGGCAAAAGAACGUCUGGUUGCUGGAGAUGAACUCAAACCCAUCUUUGCAGAGAAACUGUGAGAUCCUCAAAACUGUCAUCCCCAAAGUAAUGAAUGAAGCUCUUGAUUUGGUGCUUGAAAUAUUCAGAAAAUCUUCCAAUGGAAUGUGUGUCUUGCCACUUGACACACAGAAAGAAUUUGUCCUGUUGUAUAAUGGCUCCCCCAAGGAGCCAUUUCUGAAAUCAUUUAAAGACAAGCUAGAAUACAAGAUAUCAGAAAGAGCAACAAUUCUGAAACGUCCUCAGCAUUCCGAGAACAGACCACAGCUAAAAGUUGUGACGAGUAUAGAGUUGAUGACAACAACGGAUCCUAUCUCAAUUCAGACAAGACUUGUACCCAAUUUUACCUCACUGAUCCAUCAAGGGCAAUUGCCACAACAUUUGCGUUCUGCCAGGAAUAGAAGCAACAGUGACGUCCCGUCUCGUGAUCACCAAGCCGGAGCCUCCUCAGAUGAACAGAGUCAGCAGAAGCACGCUCCAGAGUUAGGUCUAUCCAAGCGGAGGACAAUGGCUCCACAGUUAGGGCCAGCAGGCAUUAAGCAACAUUCUGCUGGCCCUCACCUGCGUAAGAGUCUGCAGGACAACCUCCUCACGUUUAACGCUUCCUUUCAUUCUCUGAUCAUCACCAGGAACCAGCUUAGUUCCAAGAAGGUCGUACCAAAAGGAACGGAGAUGAAGAUUGACUCUAAAGCAAUCCACACGUGACCUGGCACUGUCAACAAUGGCAGGGAGUGCUCUUUUUACAGUUAAUGUCGAAAUUAAAAUCAAAUGUUUUUCAUAAAAUGUUCUGAAUGUUUAAUUAGCUUUGCCAGAGGUGAGUCAUAGACUAUUCCAUGUUUGACAAUGUGAAGUUAAAAUAUCCUUUGGGUGCAUUAGUUACUCAUUUAUAAUGAA